GUGCGGCAGAACUGACGUCACGAAGCUCGAAGUCUCGUUAGCGCGUGUUUUCAGCACCAUGGACAGCAGUGACUCACUCUCACUUUCUGUCACACUCAGCCUCAUGAACGUGCAUAUGUAGCACGAGCUUGUUUUGCCUGCUUUAGUAUUAUGAGGGUGGUUAAUCAAAAAUCACAACUAAUUAGUGGUGUAUUCAGUCGGUGAUCAAAUUUUAUGAAAGACCAGGCUCGUUUGAUUCACACGAGGGCCGUCUUUAACAAGGCCAAUGGAUUAUACUUUGUCCUCUCUCCCGCCGUCGCAGUGGGCGGGGUGAAAGAAUGCGGUAUUUUUAUGAAUGAAAUUACGACAGUGGAUGGUGUUCCUGUGAGUCUCCUGAUUGGCUGGCCGUUGCAGAAUCGCCCCUCAUCAUCGUAACUGACGUCAGAGGGGAAUCAUUGAAGGUAAAGCUCGCAGCCCACCAGAGCUGAGUGUUAAACUGAAGCGAUCGCGAGGACGGCCGAUAAAACAGAGCGGAGCUACGAAGAAACUUCGCUUCGCAAGACGAACAAGCAAAUACAUAUUUGGACGACGACGACUUACCUCCGCGAGACUGCAAUUUUUAUUUACUUGCAAAUCGAUUUCAGCGUGCUAAAAGGACUUCGGUUGGAUGGUGCUCUGUGCCGUGAACAACGGUCCUUUUUCCAAUCCUAUAGUGCUUCCAAAUGGCCCAAAACAAUUCUGAAGUGGGCUUAGAAGUCAUCUUGGCAAUGGACGAACUGCUGGAACUCUCUCCUACCCAUAUGACCCCUAAACCCUUGGAGGCCACAGUGAUGACUCCAUGGGACGUAGCCCUGUGUAUUUCAGGUGCCCUGAUCUGCUGUGAAAAUGCCAUUGUUGUGGUCACCAUCUUCUCUUCAUCAUCUCUACGGGCACCAAUGUUCUCACUAAUUGGCAGUUUAGCCUGGGCGGACUUCCUAGCAGGGGUAGGGCUCCUAUUGCACUUCCUGUCUCGCCGCUGUGUGUACUCAGAAGCGUUAGAGCUGGGCAGCGUGGGUUUGUUGGUGAGCGCACUUAGUGCAUCCGUUUUCUCUCUGUUGGGCAUUACCCUGGACCGCUUCCUCUCUCUACAUCGUGCUCUUACUUAUGGAUCCCGGCGCACACACACACAAACUCGCUGUGCUCUGGCUAUCGGUUGGACCCUUGCUGGUCUUCAGGGUGCUUUACCUGCGCUGGGUUGGAAUUGCUUGAACGAUGGACAAUCUUGCAGUGUGCUUCGCCCUCUGACCCGAGUGCACCUGGCAACCCUCUGCGGUGGCUUUCUGCUGACCCUGGUUCUGUUGCUGCAGUUGAAUGCUCGUAUCUGCCAAGUUGUACUUCGUCAUUCACACCAAAUCGCCCUUCAAAGACACACACUCCCAUCUGCUCGGACACACACACAAAGGCGGGUACACACCCUCGCUUUAAUUCUGGCCACAUUUGCCAGCUGCUGGAUGCCCUUUGCUCUUUAUGGUCUUCUCGCCGAUGGGUCAUCCCCGGUUCUUUACACUUAUGCCACCCUGAUUCCAGUCACAGGAAACUCUAUGCUUAAUCCUCUCAUCUAUGCCUACAGAAACAAACACAUACAGAGAGUGCUUCGACAGGCCUGCUGCUGCUGCUGCCUACCAAACACACCCAACAAACAGACACACACACCCAGUGAUGUCUGA